AAAACCGAAAGCACAAUUGAAUCAUGUUGUAACAUUGUAGAGAAUGACGUUCUUAGAGAGGAUGAACCUCAGGAGGGAAGAACGGAGCAAAGCAUUUUUACCGAUUGUCGAGAAUAUUUAGCUAAUUAUCAGGAAUCAUACGAUACGCCACGUACUGAAUAUUCAUUUGCUGCCUUAAUUAUAGUAAUGGUUCAGGCUACCGCACGAUCUCUGUGGGCUUUGAUACACGUAAUCAUUAAUGUCGUCCCCAUUAUCCAAAUGUUUCCCUUCAUCUUAAGAUUUGUGUUAGACAAAGUGAUGAGCAUACGCAGAACCAAGGAUCUUCAACAGAAAAUGGUGAAAUUCGCGAUACUGGCUGUGCAAUUGCUCAGCGUAUACAUUUGCCUUAUAUCUAUAUUCGAUUUCAUCGUUUUUCCAAUUGUACAAAUGGCAGUAGGUAUCGCGGUUAAAUUUGUAACACGCGAUUAAAUUGCAA